AUGGACUCCUCAGACCUACAUCUUGCAAUUGAUUAUGUUGGAUCAUGUGGUAUUGUUUUGACACCUGAACAAAAAGCGACGCUUAAUACAACACUGACUAUUUUGAAGCACGAAAACAAGUUCUCGUAUGUGUCGUUUUGGGGUAUAAUUCGAGGAAUCAAUGGGGACUAUUUCAUUGCUCAAGGAAUCGGGAAAGAUGUAUUAAAAGAAAAAACAAAUAUGUACAGUAAAGAUUGCUCUACAUGGGGGUUGUUACCAGUACCAGGAAAACAAGAUAUAGAAAAAAGUAAACUUUUCAAAAUGAGACUAACAGGUGAUCCUUCACACGAAGCUGAAUACAUUGAGGUGAAACAAGUGCCAGGUGAAGGUGAUGAGCUUGCCGAAACUGAAGAACUUAUAACCAUGAAAGAAGAAGAUAGACUUGCUGCUAUUAUUUACCGCAUUGAAGAGGAAGUUGUUAUUGUCCCACGUGGUGCAUUUAUACGAAUGUACAACGGACAAGUUGUGAGGAAUAAAUCUUUUGAAGGCUUGACGUGUGCCGAGGCUUCAAAGUUAUUAUCAUACUUCCAUUGCCGGCCUCCUGUAAAUAUGCCUAACAAACCAUUAGCCGAAAGAGCAAAGCUUGACAAAGCUAUCGACUUUUUGGAUACUAUUGAGGAUGAUAAUCCUGAAGGUGUCCUGUUGUGAUAACUCUGGCCGAUAUAUAUUGUGUAGUAUAGUGAACAUGUUGAAAGCUAUGCCCUGGAAAAUAUUGUGUUGUGAAGAUAUAUAAGGUGAUGAAACAACAGAUGAAACGGAUAAAGGUUCGCGUAUCUGAUGAGAUAAAGGUAUGAAUAACAUAAGUUAAAAGAAAAACAAGACUUCGUUAGGUGGUAAUUUAUAUGAUAACGCAACUUCAGACCUAUCCAACCGAAAACUAGAAUGAAAAUCGUGAUAAUGUAACCCUUAGGUAGGUAUAAUGUUACUUAGAAACUAACCAUAAGCAAGGGUACACUAUAUAUGUACAAUACAGCAUUAGCAAAAGACUGGAAUGAGUCAAUUAUAUGUACAGAUACGAUAAAAAUCCUAGAACUUUUAUGAUGAAUACGAGGAUUAUUUUUAUUAGGGUGGUUAUUAUCAGGUUAACUUUUAUAACUAUUAUUAUUAUUAUUUAAACACA